AUGCCGACCACCAGAAGAGGUCGACAGAGCUCCCCAGCCAAAGAGGCGGACAGCCCGUCCAAGCGCGUACAGCCUAUGCGUGGCGCUCGCUUGCGGAGUGCUUCGCCGUUCUUCGACGCUGGAAGCGCAAGCACAAGCGCCGUCGCAUCGCAAAAGUCCUCUCAGGCUUCGACAUCUGCUGCCUCUUCUCCAUCAAAGUCGACGCGCGCUUCACCGAAGAAGAAGACAGCGUCUUCACUCCAGCCUCCAUUAAGGCGCUCGACUCGCUCGCGUUCACGCUCGGUGGACCCAGAGAGUCUCACCGUUAUUGACGAGGACAGCCUUCUGGCUUCGACGCGAGAAGCAUCGGAAGAGCUGGAUACUGAUGGCGACCUGCCGCAGUCAACUUUACCUGAAGAAGAGAGUCUCAUCCGAGAAUCCAGCCUUGCACCCGUGUCAGAGGAAGAGGAAGCACCUGCAUCAAUACCUUCGGAAGCCUCCUCUAGCGACGACGAGGAUUCUUCUAGCUCGAGCUCCGACAGCGGUUCAGACUCAGAUGACAGCUCAGGCUCGGACUCGUCCUCAGACGACGGUGAAGAAGAAGACGACACCACACCCGAUCUGGAUGCGUUGUUGAAGGCAUCGCAGCAAGCCUUCAAGAGUCGAGCGCCCGCCCCUACUGCUCAGAGCCGCUUCGAGGACAAUCAGGAUGUGAUUUCAUUCGAAGCUGUCUCGGAUAACGCAGCAACCUCGAAGCGUUCUGCCAAGCCGAUGCCUCUCGUAGUCAAGGCCAAGCACCAGAUGGCGAAGGCGCAUUCGAUCCCUAGCAAAGCGCCAAGCUCUUCCCAGGCCAAGCUCGACAAGCAAAUCGAAAAUCUUGAUCAAGCUCCGAUCGAAGCCGACAGGAAGAAGUCGAAGCAUGCACGCACUGUUCAGACCUCGACCGGCUCGAGCUGGUUCGACAUGCCCGAGUUUGGCGCAUCCGCAUCACGUCUCGCUGCCCUCAAGAAGCAGUCAGCCGUCGACUCCGGCCACGCCAAGACGACCGGCGGCGAUGCUCGUCUCGCCUCUGCUCAGCAACUGCGUCGCGAGGUCCAAGCGCUACGACUGCGCAAUGCGCUCGAUCCCAAGCGCUUCUAUCGAGGUUCGGCCAAGAACCAGGCCAUGCCCAAGUUCGCCCAGAUCGGUAAGAUCAUCGCCUCGCCGCUCGAACCCAAGGCUGUCCUGUCCCGUCAGGAGAGGGGUCGCACUGUGGUCGAGGAACUCAUCCGAGAUGCAGAGGCUGCGUCGUACGCCAAGCGCAAGUUUGCCGAAUCGCAAGCUAGUCAUCGCUCCAACUACAAUGGUCGUCGCAAGCCUCCUUCCAAGAAGAAGCGCACGUGA